AUGGAUGUUCUCUGCUGCACAGCCUCCAUUUUGCACCUCGUAGCCAUCGCUGUUGACCGGUACUGGGCUGUUACUCAUGCAACCUACGGACACAGAAAUAAUCGCAAAAUAAUCUUUGGAAUGAUAUUUUCCGCGUGGUUUGCCGCUAUAUCCAUAUCUCUACCGAGUCGAUUUACCAUAACAGAAUCCAGCAAUCUUGUUGCACAAGUUCUUAACCACGGGCGCUGUGUCAUCAAUACCGACAGGGUUUACACAGUCUUCUCAACCGUAGGCGCCUUCUUUCUGCCCAUGGCCUUCCUUCUUUGUAUCUACAUCAAAAUCUACGCAUCUGCUCGGAAGCGGAUUCGCCGGAAUAAGUUCAAGUGGCUAAAAUGUCCCUCUCCUACAACCACAAUGGUGAAGAACUGUGACUCCACAAUCACCCUUACAGAGGUGGCCACAGCCAGCGGAGUGCCACCAAGCCCAGUGAAACCGCUUGUUAACGGAAUGACGCUCAACAUUAAACAACAGGUCUUUUCAACCAAUUCUGAUUUGUCUCAGUACUGCAUCAAAGGCACACGCCUCUCCAAUCCUACGAUUUGGGUUGACAGUGAUGGUGACGUCGAUGAUGUAAUUUACAAUUGUGGCUAUUCUCCAUCCUCCUCACCGCGACCAACUGAUGUACCCGCCAUUCAGUCACCAUUCAUCCCCCAGACACCUCUUCAAACGCCUCACCGUGCCUUCGACAUGGAAUAUUCAUCCUCAUCCCCUCCGCCCCCACCCUUGCAAACACCUUCGCCGAAGGCAAACGGCUGUGUUAUGUUAAAUCACCCCAUCGCUGGAACAAAACGCAAGUAUGCUUUUGACAUGGGUGUCAGCUAUGUCUUAAUGUCGGUGAAGAAGCGCCUCCUCAAUAAAGAUCUCUCUGCGGCGGCCAUCGAAACGAUGGUUGAGCGGCGGGAGAGAUUGGAGCAUCGACGUGAGCGUCGAGCGGCCCGUACGCUCGCGAUAAUUACGGGCUGCUUCCUACUUUGCUGGAUUCCCUUUUCCGUGAAUGCCCUUGUGCAGCCUUUCUGUGGCGAAAUCUGCACCCUUCCUGCGGCUGGAGGAAAAUUCUUCCUAUGGCUAGGUUACUUGAAUUCCCUGUUGAAUCCCAUAAUUUACACAAUAUUUUCACCGGAUUACCGCAAAGCUUUUGUUAAGAUCCUUACUUGUAGGUACAACAGAUUCAGAUUCAGAAGGUAA